AUGUGCGCACAUUUGGCUCUGCCCCCCUACCAGGCAUACCCAAGCGGGGCUGGCAUGGGGUACCUGGAUUAUUACUGGAACUCGGCAGGGGAGGCAGGACAUGGUCCCUCUGCGGCUGGGCCAGCAGGAGCCUCCAGUACCAGUCCAUCUCCGGAGACGGGAGGGAAGAGGCAGGCGGCAGAUGUAUCCCCAGGUUUGUCCAGCUCUGGGAAUUUCAGUCAGUUAACACCAGAUUCGGCCACCAGUCCACAUUCAGCAUCAUUAUCCCCACAACCUACGGCUAAGUCUCAGAAGGGCGGAGAAGAUGGUAUGGAGGGGGUGAGGAAGGCCAAGAGCCGCACAGCUUUCUCUAAGGAGCAGCUGCAAACCCUGCACCAGCGGUUCCAGAGCCAGAAGUACCUCAGCCCCCAGCAGAUCCGGGAGCUGGCAGCUGCCCUGGGGCUCACCUACAAGCAGGUGAAGACUUGGUUCCAGAACCGGAGGAUGAAGCUGAAAAGGUGUCAGAAGCAUAGCUUGUGGGCUGAACGAGCUCAGUGCCUCACACAAAGUGGCUUCCAGCCAAGUACUUACCUGGACAUGCACCCCAAAUUUCACCAGGGCUACCCAGUCACUGCAGCCAACAACAUCCAGACCAUGCCUCCCUCCCAUCAACACUACGGAGCAGGGCAGAACGCUUACACAAUUAUGACCAGCGAGGAUGGAGGAGUCUUUGGCAAAGGUGGGAGCACUUGCAGAGUCCAGCAGACAGUGGGCUUCAUCGCUCAGCACAAAGUAGACUUUUAUCACAGCUAUCCUGGCAGUAUGGAAUAUCCAGCCACAAAGACAGGUGAUGGCUGUAACUUUCACCACUCAGCCACCAUGGGGGCUCCGUUCCCAGCCACUGCUGGCCACCAUCUCUAUCAUUCCUAA